UGUGACAGACAGUCCAUCCCAUUCUGUCAGGCCAGGCCUUUGAUUGGGGACGUACAUCCUUUCCUUGCCUGAGCGAGAACACUAAAACAGACCUGGAUCAGCGGUGAUUACAAGCAGGUGCACAGAUGACUGAAGCAGAGGGGGGCUGAGAGGGACCGCAGGAAAGUUUUGUGAGAUGCAACAACGAGCAUCAUGUUCUUAAUGAAAAGGGCACCUGUGCUGCCUUCGCUCCGAGGACUAGCAGCGAGCAGCCCUGCUCCGUGGUGGCACGGCCGGGCGAACCCCGCUCUGAUCUGACCGCCUGCUGGGAUUGGAAGUGGAUGGAAAUCUCCGAGGCGUGAAAAAAUGCAGUUGUGGUGGAUUUUACUGUUUGGUUUUUGGAGUGUCUGUGGAGAACUGCCAUUCAUAGCAGAGAACAAUGCAGCUAUGUUGGUUAACUGGAAUGCUGUUGAUGGAAACAAAAAGCUGUAUGCCAUCUAUGAUACAAGCGUCAACGAACCGGGGAACAUGUCUUUCGUCAAAGAGACAGUGGAUAAACUACUCAAAGGAUAUGAUAUCCGUCUUCGGCCAGACUUUGGAGGUCCACCGGUUGCUGUUGGCAUGAGUAUAGACGUGGCAAGUAUAGACAUGGUGUCAGAAGUCAACAUGGACUACACGCUGACUAUGUACUUCCAGCAGUAUUGGAGAGAUAAGAGGCUGGCUUAUGCAGGGAUCCCUCUCAACCUGACACUAGACAACAGAGUAGCAGACCAGCUCUGGGUCCCAGACACCUACUUUCUCAAUGACAAGAAGUCCUUUGUGCAUGGUGUCACAGUAAAGAACCGGAUGAUUCGACUUCACCCGGAUGGCACUGUUCUCUACGGCCUCAGAAUCACGACGACAGCCGCCUGCAUGAUGGAUCUGAGGCGAUACCCGCUGGACGAGCAGAAUUGCACUCUGGAAAUUGAGAGUUAUGGUUACACAACAGAUGAUAUAGAGUUUUACUGGAAAGGAGGAGAAACUGCUGUGACCGGGGUAAAACGCAUUGAGCUCCCUCAGUUCUCCAUAGUGGACUACAAACUGGUUUCCAGGAAUGUAGUCUUCUCCACAGGUGCCUACCCUCGACUGUCUCUGAGCUUCAAGCUGAAGCGAAACAUCGGAUACUUCAUCCUGCAGACGUACAUGCCCUCCAUCCUCAUCACCAUCUUGUCCUGGGUGUCGUUCUGGAUAAAUUAUGACGCCUCAGCUGCCAGAGUUGCAUUAGGGAUCACCACUGUGCUGACCAUGACAACCAUCAACACCCAUUUGAGGGAGACGUUGCCCAAAAUCCCCUACGUCAAAGCCAUAGACAUGUACCUGAUGGGCUGCUUCGUGUUCGUCUUCCUGGCUCUGCUGGAAUAUGCCUUUGUCAACUACAUCUUCUUUGGCCGAGGUCCUCAGAUGCAGAAAAAGCUGGCAGAAAGGGCGCAGAAGGCAAAUAAUGACCGCAGUAAAUUUGACAGGCCCAAGUCCAUUCUGGAAGGAGGCAAUUGCAAGUCUUCAUCUCUUAAACUGUCCAAUCAGGUACAAGGGCGUCGUCACUCACGACGGGUCGACUCCCAGGGGAACAUUUUGCUGACAACCUUGGAGAUCCACAACGAGGUGGGAGGGAACGAGAUAACAACCAGUCUGAGCGAGACCCACAACUCGUCCUCCAUGGUCUUCGACAACUCGGCUAUCCAGUACAGGAAGCCAAGCGGGUCACGCGAGUCGGGCCGCCACAGCCUGGACAGGAACGCACAUCUUAAGAAAACCCGUCUACGAAGACGGUCCUCGCAGCUCAAAAUCAAAAUCCCAGACCUCACUGAUGUGAACGCCAUCGACAGAUGGUCACGGAUUAUAUUCCCCUCUGCCUUCUCCCUCUUCAACCUCAUCUACUGGCUUUAUUAUGUUCAUUAAUGCACUGUGUUUUUUUUAAGCCCAUGUGAUUCUGGUUUAUGACUGAGAGAAGCCUUGUGUGGCCGACCCGACACGGUAAUGUCCUGAACGCUUUUUUAACAUGAUACGUGCAGAAAGAAUCAUGCACAGCCACAAGGAUUUACCUGCAGAACAUGCAUCUUACAAAGACUUGCAUGUGAAGUCAGCCCUGUGAUCACCUGCGACUCUAUCACACGGACUGAAACACACUUUUGCAGCACUGCAUCUCCAAAAGAUGAUUUAAGUUGGUUUCGAUGAGCUGCUGAAACCUUCCCCUAUAAUUUCAGUAUAACAUGUGGCCACACUAUUAAAUUUAAUUGUAAAGGUUUGUAGUAUUAUGACAGCGCUAGCCUUCCUUAUAUCUGCACAUGGACAAAGGCGGACCUGUAAGAUCCCAUGCACCCAGACUAAACAGACUUUGCCCAGGCGGGAAAUUAUUUGGUAUGAAAUCAGCCAUAAAGGAAUAGUUGUGAUAUUUUGGGAAAUGUGAUUAUUUGCUUUCUUGCUGAGACUAAAGAAUGAUCCUACCUGGGUCUGAGAGAUUAACCAAAUUUUUAUUUUAAACUCCUAUUGGGCUUCCAGCUGAUAUUACAAAAGCCUAGUUGAGAUAAAAUGACAUUAAAACAAUAAGGCUGCAUCCAGUUUUGAUUUUUUUCACGAUGCCCUUUGUUUGUCGUAUUAUAUACAUCCAGCAUACCCCUUUUCCUUACUGUGCACUUUUGUUUCUCCCAAAAUGCCAAAGCUUGUUAAGUGUUUAGUUCCCGUUGCUUCAAGACGAUAGAAACAGAGUCUGUGGUCAACAAGCUCGAUCUUGAAGUUGUACCAAGGUUACAGGAGCUGGACCGUGUGUUGUUGUCUCUGUGCCAUUGUUCAAACGUUCCCUAGACUUGAGAUCAUUUGGUUUUAGUUCAAAUUGUAUUUAAAUUUAAUGGAAAUACUACUUUCUUAAAAAGUUCAGUAAGUUUUUACUGAUCCUACUGACCAAAAUCUUUGUUAGCAUUUCUGCAAUAAUCAAGUAGUUUAAUGCUAUGCUCAUUUCUAUCCUGUCAGUUCUUGUUGAUGAUGGAAAGUAACUAUAACACGUUACUCUAUGAUAUCAAAACAGAGCCAUGUCUUUGCAGUCGGGAACAAUAAUGACCUUCCUGACACAACAUGUAGUAUUUCUGUAAAAGUAGAGUUAGGAUUAUCGCAUGUCAUUGGUGAUGACUCAGAAAGUUGAGUAUAAAUACCAAUAUCCAAUCAACUUAGCUUAAUUUUCAGAAUCCAAUUUUAAAUAACAGGAAUAGAACCAGUACUGCAUUUUAGAAAUAACUUUAUUUUCUCAUUUAGUGCCAUGAAUGAAAGAUUUCUAAAAGGUUGGAAGAACUAGCCCUAAUAGCAUUUCUGAUGCUAACACAUCGUGUCACUUCAACCACUGCAAUAAAAUUGUCAUUUUUACAUUUUUGUGUGAACAAAUUAGGUCAUGAGUAAUGUUUUGUGUUACUCUGUGGGCUUUUGAGGCUAGUAAAUGGAUUAUUUUCAUAUUUGGUCAAAGAAAUGCUAGCGAUUUAACGCUAAGCUAGGCUAAUCCUCUCUAACAAAAUGCAAAAAUAAAAGGACUUCCCAAAAUAUCAAACUAUUUUAUCAACGUGUGCAUUUACACAGUUUCAAAAUGC